AUGUCCUCUGUCGAAUAUUUGAAUAAGCUCAAUGAGUACGUCAAGGGGAGUCCCGCCUUUGAAGAUGACAAUCCGAGUUUGGCGGUCGCUACUUUUAAUACUCCUCAUGAAGUAGCUCGAAAGUUGUCGCCUAUUGGCAGUUGUGAUGAGCGUCUUAUUAAAUGUGCUUCCUGGAAGUCUCUGAAGGGUCUGUAUGAAAAAUACGGAAACACUCAUAUGGUGAAAUUUUUCGAGGCUGACGCUGAUCGUUUCAACCGGUACUCUGUUAAGGUUGAUUUGGGAAACAACUUUUUGUUCCUUGACUACUCCAAAAAUAUUAUUAAUGAUGAAAUUAAAGACAUGCUUUGUUUACUUGCUGAAGAAAGGGGUGCAAGUGCCUUUGUUAAAUCUCUUUUUGCUGGUGAGAAGGUGAACUCGACGGAGAAUCGCGCUGUUCUACACAUUGCGUUACGCAACAGGAGCAAUAAACCGAUUUUUGUUGACGGAAAGGAUGUUAUGCCGGACGUGAACAAUGUGCUCAAUCAUAUGAAGAGGUUUUCCGACAAGGUUCGAAGUGGUGAGUGGAAGGGACAGAGUGGAAAACCGAUCCGUAAUAUUGUUAACAUUGGUAUUGGAGGAAGUGGCCUGGGCCCGAUGAUGGUUACCGAAGCACUACGGCCGUAUUGCCAUAAAAACAUUCGAAGCUUUUUUGUUUCGAAUGUUGAUGGGACAGAUAUCUCUGAGGCUAUUCGUCAAGUCGACCUCGAGGAAACCCUCUUCAUUGUCGCAAGUAAGACAUUUACAACUCAGGAAACUUUGACGAACGCCUUGUCUGCCCGCCAGGCUUUGCUUUCGCAUCUUAAAUCUAAGGGCAUAAAGGAGGACGGUGCAGUUGCGAAGCACUUUGUUGCCCUCUCGACAAAUACCAAGGAGGUGAAGAAGUUCGGUAUCGACCCUGAAAACAUGUUCGUGUUCUGGGAUUGGGUUGGGGGCCGUUACUCUAUUUGGAGUGCAAUUGGCCUUUCGGUUAUGAUUUCCAUUGGCUAUGAGAACUUUGUGGAGAUGUUGACUGGAGCCCACAUGAUGGACAACCACUUCCUCCACACACCCACUAAGCACAAUCUUCCCACGAUUCUUGCACUGGUCGGGGUUUGGUACAACAACUUUUUCGGCUGCGAAACACAGGCGGUUCUUCCCUACGAUCAAUACCUUUGGAGGCUUCCCGCUUAUCUGCAGCAGCUUGACAUGGAAAGCAACGGCAAGAGCGUCGAGAAACAAGGUGGUUGCGUAACUUACCAAACAGGUCCGAUUGUAUUCGGCGAAGCUGGUACCAAUGGGCAACACGCGUUUUAUCAACUCAUCCAUCAGGGCACAAAGAUCAUCCCGUGCGAUAUCCUUGGUGCUAUUAACACGCACAAUCCCAUCGGUGACCACCAUCGCAUAUUGAUGAGUAACUUCUUCGCACAAGCGGAGGCCUUGAUGGUCGGGAAAAACGCCAACGAAGUCGAGAAGGAGUUAAUGAAGUCUGGAAUGCCGAAGGAGGAGAUGAAGCGCCUGAUUCCUCACAAAAUGUUUACUGGAAACAGACCCAGCAACAGUAUUUUGGUGGACAAGCUGACUCCACGAGCCUUGGGUGCGAUCAUUGCGAUGUAUGAGCAUAAGGUUCUUGUCCAGGGUGUCAUAUGGGGGAUCAACAGUUAUGAUCAAUGGGGUGUGGAACUUGGGAAGGUCCUGGCGAAGUCCAUUUUACCACAGCUGAAGCGCAACGAGAAGGUGUCAAACCAUGAUCACUCCACGAAUGGACUUAUUAAUUUGUUUAAUACUUUUGCUCAUUUGUAA